UACGCCGAGAUGGGACUACACAUAUUUUGGCCAGCAACUACAUGUUUGACCCUUUUUGUAGUUUGCAUUAUAAUGAUUAUACUCAAAUACGGUUCGCGUAUUUGUAAAUUACGGCAUACGCCGUUACCCUCGGAUCAAGAAUGGGAAGAAAAAGCAUAUUCACGAAAACUUUCCGUCUCUAUGGCGUAAAAAUAAGUAGAUAUCACCACUUGUUUUCAUAUCACUUUACAUGAAAAUUUUAACUAAAUCAAAAAACUUUAACAUGUAGAAACAUGCUUAUUUUAUCCAAGUAUAACAAUUUAUACUUAACCACUUAAUAUCAGAAUCUCUUAGAUGAAUAUCUAUAAAGUAAUACCAUUUUUCUAUUUUACAGUAGCAUAGUUGUGUGUCUAAAAAGUUAAUGCUACAUAUCUUUUAUACAUUACCUUUUAUAUGUAGUAUAAGUAUCGCUAACAAUUCCGUCCAUUUGUACAUGUAAUUUUAAUAAUUCGAGUCUCGAGAAUUGGCAGAACGUGUCAAUUAAUUACAGCAAUAAAAUUAGAAUUAAACUUCCGGAUCGUGACAUAAAAUAUAGAAAACUCAAAAAGUUAAUCAUUGUAUAACUUAAAAGAAAGACUAUAUCCGUCCAAUGUUUUAGUAUUAAAUGACAAUUUUAUCUAUAAACUUUUACACUUUUUAUAUGUGUUUUCUUUAUAAAUAAAGAAUGCUUGUCUUUAUAUAAAAUA